GUUUAAAACUAAACUUACGAACCUUUUGAUUUACGAACUUACUAAACGCUGCUUUUGCGUGCGGUGUCUAAGGCCGGUAGUCGCUCAGCAGCCUUGUUGCUGCCUUGCGCUAAGGCCAACGGCAUUCAUACACUUGUUUGUUCCUUCGACAAGCAUUCUGAAUAUACAUAAACAUACUCUUCGCAACGCUUCCUUGUCACUCGAUCGGCCGUUCGGGAGGAUUGGCCUUCAAUCACUGAGAACUAGCCGACGGUCACUCACUGCCAGACUCUGUCUGACAUACUCCAGCUUGAACAGCACGAGACAACAUGGCGGCGACAGCCACCUCGAUCCGCUCCAGCUGCCACUGCGGCGCCAUCACAGUCACAGUUCCCCGACUCCCCGAGUACAUCAACGUAUGCCAAUGCACGAUUUGUAGACGCUACGGCGCCGCUUGGGGCUACUACCAUCCCGACGAAGUAAAGAUCGAAACGAAGCCGAACGCAGUGACCAAGCAGUAUGUCUGGGGCGAUGGAGACCUGUCUUUCAACUUCUGUGAUAACUGCGGUUGCGUAUGCUAUUGGUGGCCCAUCCAACCUCCGCCUACUGACGGAGGAGAAUACCAAAUGGGGCUCAACACAAACAAUGUCAAUCCCGAGCUCCUGAGGUUCGUGGAUCGAAAGUUUGAGUAUUCGGUUUUGAUGAGCCCGCUGCGGUCGAAGGACACCGCGCAUCCUGAUGAUCCGGCCAAGUAUUGAACACCGCCUUGAACCAGUGCAAUAAGUAAAUACUUUAUAGCUUAACCCACGAUACUUUUUCUCCGUAUAUUUAAACGAAUAUCUGAA